CAUGUCCCCGCUCCCUCGUUGUUCUGUGCAGAGGAGGGUUUUGGAGUUGUGACAGGCCUUCGGACGAACGCCGAGGCUCCGCGAUGCUUUUUGUGGUGCUGACAGCGAAAUAAUCUGUAGCGCUGGGAAAGCCAACAGACGGUAGAAGAGCUGAGGGACGAGUGGAAGCACAGGCAGGAGCGAGUGGAAAGGUGGAGACGGAGCAGAGGAAUGCGUCUCUCUGUACUUACGCGCGAACGAGAGGGAUCGAAACUGGUGCCGGGUGAUUGAUUGACGUCUCCUGAGGGGCCAUGGGACUUCAUAGCCCCUCUCUUCCCCGAUGCGAGAUGCCCAUAGGAAGUUGGACCAGCAUUCUAGCUCUCAUUCGUCCGAGGCAGCAGCGGCUGUCAUUGUACUCCGAGUCCCUAAGCCCGUUGCAUACUUCUAGGUUUUAUGGAGACACGAAGUCAUUGAGGCAAAACGGGAGGUGGCAUCACAGGUACAAGACGAAGGAGGAUGCUAUUGUACUCCGGGAGAGUUUUGCUCCUCGAAUUUUGGUAGCCAAGCCCAUCAAUCGAUCAUUCCAACAGUCACACCGGCCUCGAGCAACAACUUUAUCUUCCUGUCGACAUUUAGAGAAGUCUAGUAGUUUCGUCAAUAGUUCUUACGCUGGGGAAGAGCAAGUUGCCAACCAGCCCUUAAGUGCGUCGGGAAAUUUAGAACAGAGUUACUCCUCAUCUUCCCCGUCGUUAGUUCACUCGGUUUCGAAAGUCGGCACUGAACAGACAUUAGGAGUGAGCAGCACUCCGGACCGAUGGAAGCAGCAACAGGGCUUAGAGGGUGAAAUUGUGAAGGAAAGGGGACAAGAUGAAUUGGUUUUGGCGACGAAAACGUACGGCCAGCUCGCCGUACUCGGACAACUCAAUGUCGACCCGUCAAGGAUACAGCAGAAGGGUGCGCAAUUUUAUCAAAAUAACACUCGUGAAAGAUACAUUGGUCCCGUUAACCCUUACACUGGUCCUCGUGUCUUCAACCUUCCUCAAUUGCGAGUUCAGCAGGGAACGCCAAAUGACAUCCGAGAGCAGUGGAGAGUGUCCAAGGGGGUUGCGGAGUUGCCACGCAGAAGAGAGGAAUACUCAGGUGGUAGUAUUAGGAGUAAGAAACCCGAAGCAGUACUCGCUUUACAUGGUGCCGUCUCUCGUGGAAAUCAGGUAGCAGAACUUGAGUCCGUGCCAGUCUCCACUUCACUUGCGACGCAAGUCUCUACUCAAUGGGGCGCAUCGAAGUGGAGUGAGGCGGCGAAAAAGAUUCGGAAGCCCGUCCCACGAGCUAGCGAGAGGAAUGAAACAAGUCAUGGAGACGUUAGCAAACUCAGUAUUGAACUGGAGCCCGUUUUAGACUUCGAGAAAUUAUUUGAAGCACCGGAGGCCGAUGAAUUGCUUGAAAUACAUGAGCCUGAAGAACUCUCCAGGGAGGAGGAGGCCAAUAUCUUAGCUAGUUGUCAGACUGAAGCAAGUUGCGUGGAUUCUGUGUUGACUAUAGAGGAGAAUCAGAAGCUUGCCGUAGGUGACAUUUCCGACGAGUCGGAUUUCGAAAGUGACGUUGACCCAGAGCGAAAGUGGACGAAUACCGAAGUUUUGGUUGUUGACGAUGUUUCAACUGCUAAGCUUGUCGUGGAGAAAUUAAGAGGAAUGUAUCGAGGCCUUGUACACGCAUGUGACACUGAGGUGGCAGACAUCGACAUCAAGAAAGAAAGCCCAGUCGGACAUGGACGUAUGAUCUGUUUCAGUGUCUACUGUGGACCUGAAGCCGAUUUCGGGGAUGGCAAAUCUCGACUCUGGAUCGACGUACUGGGUAAAGAUGAAGUCUUGGACGAAUUUAAAUCGUACUUUGAGGAUCGUAGUAUCAAAAAGAUCUGGCACAACUACAGUUUCGACAAACAUAUUCUUGGAAAUCACGGUAUCGACGCAUGUGGAUUUUAUGCAGACACUAUGCACCUCGCAAGGCUGUUGGAUUCCGCACGUACCGUUGUUCAAGGAGGCUAUUCUUUAGAAGGCCUCACGUCAGAUAAGAGUUUGAUGAAUGGAUACUGGGGCGGGAUGGACAUUGAGGAGGUUGUUGGGAAGCGAUCAAUGAAACAUCUCUUUGGCAAGCCUAAUAUAAAGAAAAACGGCGAAGAAGGCAAAUUGCGGGUCGUGCCACCAGUGGAAGAACUCCAGACUCAAGCAGAGUGGCGAGACAAGUGGAUUCACUACUCUGCAUUUGACACUGUCUGCACCUGGUGUCUGUGGAAUAGUCUUCAAGACAAGCUCAAGCAAAAAGAGUGGCUGAUAGAAGGAAAGUUCAAGCAAGAGGGGAAAUCCAUGUAUGACUUUUAUUUAAAGUAUUGGCAACCUUUUGGAGAAUUGUUGGUACAGAUGGAAGCAAAUGGUAUGCUGCUCGAUUUGGAUCAUUUAGCAAAGAUAGAGGAAGUUGCAACAAAGCAGCAGGAGUUUUCAUCUUCUCAGUUCAAGAAGUGGGCUGCGAAACGAUGCCCGGAUGCAGUGCACAUGAAUGUGGGCAGUGAUGCACAAAUUCGGCAGCUCCUUUUCGGAGGGUUGCCAAAUAAGAAUAAGAAGGAUCCUGAGAAGCGCCUCGAGUUUGAACGAAUUUUCAACACCCCUAACACAGAUAACUACAUUGAGGAAGGCAGAAAAGUGCCGAAAAAAACCAGACCAUUCACCUUGUGCGGGCUUGGAGUUGAUAUUCCAGUGGACACUUUUACAUCUGCAGGAUGGCCUGCCGUUGGUGGGGCUUCUUUGAAAGCCUUAGCUGGUAAAGUGGCCAUCGACUACACUUCACUGGAUGAGGAAGAAGAUUCUUCUGAGGAUUUGGUGCUGGAUGAUUCCAGUGAAGGUUCUGCUGUUCUGACAUCUUCCGGAGUGAAAGGGGGAUCGGAGGAAGACUUGUCCGUCUAUGGCAAGGCUUAUGAGGCGUUUGGAGGUGGAACAGAGGGCAAGGAAGCAUGCAUGGCUCUGGCUGCUCUCUGUGAAGUGGCGUCAAUAAACACUCUUAUCUCGAACUUCAUUCAGCCUCUGCAGGGUAGUGACAUAAAAGGUCAAGACGGAAGAGUGCACUGUUCACUCAAUAUAAACACAGAAACAGGGCGCUUAUCUGCCCGAAGGCCAAGUCUACAGAACCAACCUGCUUUGGAGAAGGAUCGAUAUAAAAUACGUCAAGCAUUUAUAGCUCCGCCAGGAAAAUCUCUAAUAGUGGCUGAUUAUGGACAGUUAGAGCUACGCAUAUUAGCACAUUUGACAAAUUGUAAGAGCAUGCUGAAAGCAUUUGAAGAUGGAGGGGACUUCCACUCUAGAACGGCUUUGAACAUGUAUCCCCACGUUCGAAAAGCUGUUGAAAAUGGCGACGUCAUUUUAGAGUGGGAACCGAAAGAAGGAGAGACCAAACCCCCAGUUCCUCUUCUUAAGGAUAUAUUCGGAUCUGAGAGGAGGAAAGCGAAAAUGUUGAACUUUUCCAUUGCCUACGGCAAAACGGCUAUGGGACUCUCCAAGGAUUGGAAGGUAUCUCUAGAAGAAGCGAAAGCAACCGUGGAUUUGUGGUACAGCGAUAGGCCGGAAGUGCGACGUUGGCAGGAAGAACGUAUCAAAGAAGCACAUCAGACUCACCAUGUACAUACACUCCUUGGUCGGACUCGUCAUUUCCCGGAUGUGAAAUCUAGUAGUAGAUUAGUCAGGGGACACGUCGAGCGUGCAGCCAUCAAUACACCCGUACAGGGAAGUGCUGCAGAUGUGGCUAUGUGUGCUAUGCUGGAGAUCAACACCAAUAAGGAACUCCUGGAUCUAGGUUGGAGAUUGCUCCUCCAGGUACAUGAUGAAGUUAUUCUAGAGGGACCUUCGGAAAGUGCAGAGAUUGCUAAGGAUUUGGUAGUGAAGUGCAUGGGCUAUCCUUUCGACGGGAAAAACCCUUUGAGAGUAGCCUUGGCUGUCGACGCCAAGUACGCCCAAAGUUGGUACGCUGCCAAGUAAGGUACAAGUAGAGAUUGCACAUAUUAGCAAGUUCUGGAUUCCAUUACAGGACUUUUUUGAGGAUAUAAUACCAACUGUGUGAACAGCUCCAACGUUUACCUAUCCUCUCCUUGGGUUCAUAACUACGCACUUUUGUCCAAGUGAAAGUGAACAAAUUCAUAUGUCCCAUAGUAGUAGUCACAUAUUUACAACGAUUAGAGGUGAUUCCGUGGGUGGUGAGAUGCGGAAGUCCGCACUCCCGCAACAUUUUUCUCACCCUUGACCAGGCUCUUCAAACCUUCAAUUUUGAGAUAGUGUGUACAUUGCCCAAACAUCCUUAUGUAUUUUAGUUCCAGGACUGCACGUACAGACCAGGUACAACGUAUUGCCACCUUUUAGGUCUCUUCAGUUGUUGGUCAUCAACUCCUCUCCUAGGCAUUCUUUCUCCUUACUCUUCAGGCUUAAUUUCUUGUUCAGUGACAAGUGCGAUUGUCUUCGCAAUAAAAUUUGCUUAUCGAUCACUGUACUAAGCCAGACAAACCAUCACUUGCAAGUUGAGGCCAAAACUUGAGACUCUGCCAUCCAAGGUUGCGUGCUUUGAAGAAGAAAUUUCCCGCUUUGAGUCAGUAUGAAACCAGCUGUACUGUCUAGAACCUAGGUGUAUCAUGGAGGGGCAGUGAAGAGUUCUCAAUUGAAUUCCGAAAUAUCUGUGCGUUAAUAGGUUCCAUUAUGGCAGAGAGAAUGCUUCAAUCUGAUUUCGCAAGGAGCAUCUUGUAUAGCAUUUUCUACCCCCUACUGUGUAGUGGUCUAUUCAAUUUCAAGGAGCAGGAAAACUCUGGAAGGUCUUCAAAUUCUUCGUUCAUGACAAACUGUAAUAAAGCUCUUGACAGAUCUUCGGC